AGAUCAGAUAACUAAAAUCCUCUGUUCAGCAUCUUCCAUCAGUCACUAGUUUGUACAAAUCUCAUAUUUGAUGUUUUAACCUUUCUAUUUUGCAGAAAGCAUAAGAACAAUAAAUAGUUGCUUUCAUAUUUGAAGGCCUUAACUCUAUAUAAGAAGUGUUUGAGAUGAGAAGUUAAAGUAUGGCUUUGAUUUGUGUUUCAUAAGCUUUUUGGUCUGAUAAAUAACAAGAACAGAGCAAAGUGGGAGAGAAAAGUUGAAAUAAAGAAGGCAAAGAAUUGAGAAACGGGACCCAAUAAGCAGGAAAUGGUGGUAUCCUUCGUCAGAAUCCUGUCACAAACUCUUUAGCUUUUUCUUUUACUUUUACUUUUCUCAAUAAUUCUCCGAUCAUAUUUUUUCUUAAUUUUGAUUCUCUCUUAGCUCUCCAAAGCACCUUUAUUCCCUGGGUUCUACGAAAAGCUCAUGAUGCAUCAUGAUAUUAUCUUAUUCUUAACACCAUUUUUAAGAACAUUACUUUUUAACAAUCUCAAUUUCCAUGUUUCUUUCUCUUCUUUUCGUACCUCUUUCCAUUUUGUAGUAAAUAUUCCAUCCUUGUUAAAUGGGCUUGUAAGAGAAGAGACCAUUCAGAGAAACCAUGGAAGAGUUUGAGUAUGAAGAGGUUGUCAAAGCAACAGAAAACUUCAACCCCAGAAGGGUCAUAGGAAAAGGAAGCCAUGGGAUGGUGUACAAAGGCUUUCUUCGAUUCAAAGAAAAUAACAGCUUCAGGUUGGUCGCCGUAAAGAAGCCAUCGCAAGGCCUUCAAUCUCUUCACGACAACUCCAAACUCGAAAACGAAAUCCGUGUUCUAUCUUCUCUACCCGAAAACCCUCACGUGGUUAAUCUUCUGGGAACCACCAGUGGUGAUGAUCACGGCCACAAACUCAUUGUGAUGGACUUCAUGCCCAAUGCCUCUCUUCAUGACUUGCUUCAUGCCAAUGAAAACCCACCCACGUGGCCCACACGCGUUCAAAUCGCCAUGCAAAUCGCUCGUGCGGUUCAGUUUCUUCACCAAGGUAAGCCUGUGGUGAUUCACAGAGACAUUAAACCCUCCAAUAUAUUGUUUGAUUCACGUUGGAAUGCGAAGUUGGCAGAUUUCGGACUCGCGGUUAGAGGGGUUGAUCCGGUGAGUCGACCCGCUGGGACAAUGGGGUACUUGGACCCGUGUUACACCAGCCCAGAUAAACUCAGCACUAAAAACGAUAUUUUCAGUUUUGGGGUUGUGUUGUUGGAGAUCAUAAGUGGUAGAAAGGCCAUCGAUGCCUGCAAAACACCGGCUUCAGUUGUGGAAUGGGCGGUUCGGUUAAUGGAUGAACAAGUUUUGAAAGAGAUAUGUGAUGCGAGAGUGGCACUGCCAGGUUACAUGGUUGAAACAAUCACUCGCCUGUUACGCUACGCUUCACGUUGUGUGUCAGAAAAUGAAGAUGAACGUCCUUCAGCUGGUGAAAUUGUUAUCGGAAUGGAAAGUUGGUUGGCGAAACGAGUAAGGUUCCCCGUUUGGAGGCGCGUUUUGAAUAAUGGGUUGGUUUGGUUGAGGAAGAGGAAGCCGAUGAUGAGUAUUGGUUGGCAAACUCAGACACGAAUUCAGUGUAUAGCAGAAGAAGAGGGUGUUGGUGUUGCAGGUGGGAAGAUAUCUAUCACCAUAAGGGAGGUUUUGGCUGAUGUUAACGUUGGAGUGACUCAAAUUCAGAUGAGUUGACUCGCUGCGAACGGUUAGUCAUCCAACUCGUUUGGGAAUUUUGUUAUAUUUUUGAGGUUGCAGGGCUGGGCAAUGGGGCAUGCACCACAAACAUUCGUACCAAGCCAAACGUGAUGGUUAUGUACGGGGUAGACAAUAGGCAGUGACUAUCUAAAGCUUUAAGGGCAUCUCAUGGCAGGAAUCAUAUCAUCAUGAAACUUUCCUUUUUCCUUUUCGUUUAAUUCAUGUCAAAAAUCAUAUUUUAGUGUUAAUUACUUCCAUUCUUUACUUCUUUGAGAUAAUAAAAUAAAAAUAUAACAAAAAUUGGUUUAAACAACGUGGUGUUAGAUUUUUAUGUUCAACAUUUAAUUUAUCUAUGUGGUUCUCUUCGAUUUGGAUUCUUGGUGUUGUAGUAGUACUGUCCCAGAUUUGACAUGUUUAUGUCUUUACCUGUUUCUUUAUUGUAUCUAAACUAAAAUGAUAAUUGAGUAUAAGAAGACAAAUUAUACUGCAGCUAUCAGAUCGAUUCAGCUUUACUUUGUUAUCGUUUAUUGAAUUGAACA